AUGGAUCGGCGCGUGAGGCCUACCAGCCACGUCCUGGAUCGAGAGAUCAAGGCGGUCGUGGGGAUGACCAUUUGGAUCGCCGUGAUGAAGACCCUGAGAUAUUUCACCCAUAUGACGGCGACGACCGCGGAUCACGUCGUUACGAUCGAGGUGGCCGGAGCUACUCUCGCCCUUACCACGACGAUGGCCCUCGCCGCGAUGAUGCCCGACGUGGUCCUGACGAGGAUUUUCGUCAUUUUUCCCCCUCUCCAGGUGGCAGCCCAGGUCGUUAUUCUCGUCGCGAUCGUUCUGCAUCGCCUCUUCGACAAGCUGGGUUUGCCUACGGGCCUGUCAUUGGAAGACGUUAAGGACUGUCUGUUCAGACAAACGGAUUUAUCGCAAUACCCUUCGGUUGAAGUUCGAGUUCCAUCUGGCCGAGGCCAGCGACGUGCUUUCGUGCAGUUUGAGCAGGUUGACCAGGCGGUCGAAUUUGUCAAGGAGCACUAUCCCAAGCUCAUGCUUGACUUCGCAGGCAUGGUUGAUGGUGAUGCCGAUGGUAUGACCUCAAUGUACAUACACUACGCGAGGAACCGUGACGACGGCGAACGGGAGAGCAAGGCUGGGUAUGCCCCGAACUGGACUUGCCCGAACUGCGAGUUCUCCAAUUAUUCCACUAGGAAUCGCUGCAAGAACUGCGGCGGCCCACCAACAGACCCGUCUCAAUACCGUCACCUCCUGACCGGCGAAAGCGAUGCAGCUGAUACGCCAUCCCAGAUUCUGGUGUUCUUUCCACUUGCGGGCUCUGUCACAGAAGACGUGCUUGCCGCCGGUGCUGCAAAGCUGGAACUGGCGCAAAAGCCCGCGGCGCCAAAGAACUCUGGAGAACCACCAAAGCUGAAGUCCACGGCGCCAACUGGCGAUGCAUCGGGAUAUGGCGCGAAGCCUGGCUCGCUGCAUCGCAUCUUUUUGAUGCGAGAUCAAGACACGAACGAAUCAUUCAAUUUUGGAUUUGCCGAGUUCUGGACGGUCGAAGAUGCUCUUGCCGCCAUGCAAAAGUUCAAGAUGAUGCGCGAGUUCACCAUUGCCGGGAAGCCAGUCACGGUAUCGACCAUCCAUCUGGGUGUAUUCGUACCUGAAAUGAGAGACGUCACGCGCGCCAUCGAACACAUCUCGUUUAACCCACUUUUCAACCCAGCCAUUCGAGUCAAAUACUGGGAGCCCCAUGUGUUUCCCAGUGAGAAGGUCAUCACUGAGACACCUCCAGGAGGUACAUCCAGCAACGACAAGACGGAUGCGAAUGAUGAGGCGAAGAAGACCAAGAAGCGCAAGGCUGAAGGAAGCCUUGCAUCUGCAGCUACGAAAAAGUCCGCGCCAAUGGCGGGGCAGAUGGCCUUUUGGCAGAGACGACACGACGAAAUCCAUGAAGGCAAGAAGCCUACAGACCCUGCCGAUGGUGACGGCAGCGCGGAAGAGCGCGCACCAGUCAAGAUAUCUUUGUCUGGGGCCAAUGCCAUUUCGACUGGCCCAAUCAAGAUUUCGCUGACAGGAGCGAGUCUGUCCAACCCUGCCCCGCCCGCGACAUCACAUUCGGCAGAACCAUCGACGGCCCCUACUUCGACUGGUGCUGUAAGCCCCGAGCAGCCUGCUUCGCCGACAGUAUCAUACGUCGACAGGGAAAAGGUGUGCUGUCUACUAUGCAUGAUGAAGUACAAGUCUCUGGACGACCUCAACACUCAUGAGAAGUCAAGAAACCACAAAAAUGCCAUGGCAGACGAGGAAAAGGUUAAGGCUGCCAAGCCUCGUCUUGCCGCCCGCGACAAGAGAAUGUCGAAGCCGACCGAGGAACAAGCUAAGAACGAAGAGUCGGGCCCUCAAUAUCGCGACCGUGCGAAGGAACGCAGAGAGGUCUUCAACCAGCCAUCCAAACCCAAACCUUUGGCUCAGAACACGAAGCCUGCGCGAAGGGAGGACAAGCCGUCUCGGGCAGCCGCCGAGAAGACGCCGCCUCCGCAGCCGUCCAAGGGCGCAGGGAUGUUGGCCAAGAUGGGCUGGAGCACCGGUCAGGGCUUGGGCGCCAACGCCGACGGACGCACCGAGGUGAUUGCGACACACGCGUACCAGGAAGGCGUUGGUCUCGGUGCGGAGGGCGGAAACCUAGGCGACGCGGCGGAGUUGGCUCAGCGCAAGACGAAGAACAGCUAUGCCGAGUACGUGAACACGGUGCAGGACAGAGCCCGGGAGAGAUACAACAAGAUGGGCUAG